AUGAAAGGCUUAGAGUUUGAUGACUUGAUGGACGAUGAUUCCUUGCUAAUGGAUCAGACUCCAAAAAUCACCUUUAUUGAUUAAUUUGACUACCCAGAUGAUGAGAAUCUGCUUAAAAGCCCACAAAUGCCUUCUCCAGACAAACUCAUGGACGCUCCUAACGAAUUUAAAAACGAAAUGCAAUCAACUGCUGAUGCGGGAGGAUCAGGACCAUCAUGGGAUGACUAUUUCAUUGAUAAAAUACUUGGAGAAGGCGCAUAUGGCAAAGUAUUUAAAGUCUACAAAAAAGGAGAUCAAAUCCUACUUCUAAAUAAGGGAAAGCAUAUAAAACAAUUGACAUACGCUUUCGGAUCAGCCGCUAAGAAUGCUCCUUAUUAAAAGACGUCAUUAAAGGAUUCAAAGCUGAUUAAUCCUGUGAAAUAGCCUAUUCCUUAUGUAAUCAAAGAGCUGUACACCGACUUGAUGCCUAAAAAUGCAGCUUUGCAGGCAAUGGAGGAAAUAUCAAUACUGGGAUCACUGAAUUCUCCCUACAUCGUAACAUAUAUUGAUUCCUUCAUCUGCGAUACCAAAGUAAACAUCAUUAUGGAGUUCUGUGAAAAUGGAGAUUUGUAAACAUAUCUGCUAAAGAGACAAAAAGAAGGUUUGAAUAGUCUACCUGAAUUAGUAAUCUGGAGGUUUUUAUUGCAAAUAUGUCUUGGAGUAAACUAUUUGCACGGUAAAAACGUCCUGCACAGAGAUCUUAAAUCCUUAAACAUCUUUUUAUGCAAGGAAAAUCAGUUGAAGAUUGGAGACUUAGGUGUGGCUAAGAAAUUUCAGGAUAUCACCUCUCCCUCUAGGGAUAGUACUCCUUCAUUCUAAAACUAGCAAAAUUAAUAACAGUAAUCUGGAUUUGGGAAUUCAAAGAUUAACGAAAUUGAGUAAACUACAAAAGUAGGCACACCGUUUUAUCUAGCUCCUGAGAUUUGGGAGGGUAAGCCAUAUACAGAAAAAAGUGAUAUAUGGUCGUUAGGAGUCAUUCUAUAUGAAAUGUGCACUUUUCUAAAGCCAUUUCAGGCUAACACUGAAGAUGAGCUGAGAGAAAAGGUAUUAAAAGAAAAGUAUAAGGAUACUCCAGAGGAAUUAAUCGUAUCAAAAGAACUUAGAGAAAUAAUUAAAAAGCUUCUGAGGAAAAACCCCAUUCACAGGCCGACAAUUAAGGAUAUCUUAUUGUUCUAGUCUGUAAGGUAAAAGGCAAAGCAACUUAAGUUUGAAUUGCCUGCCUCACAGAUUAUGCUAAAGAACCUACCAAAUUAAACAAUAGUAAAGAGUGUCCCAAGUUCAAGUUUACAAACAAGUAAUUAUGGAACAAUGAACAAUCAGAAGUUUAUGAUGAAAGAUAGCAGCAUGAUGAUUUAGUCUCAUCCAGUAAGUUAAAUGGGAUUGCAUAAACGAGUACUUGAUAGUGAAAGGAAAAGAUUGAUGCCCACUAGUUCUAGCAGUAGCAUCAAUGAAAAGUUGUGA